UCUCCCUAAUCCUCUAGACACACGCUCGGUCUGGCUGCCUACUGGCUCAGAGAGAGAGAGACAGAGGCAGGUGGAGGACGCAAACGGAGAGAGAGAGAGAGAGAGAGAGAACCCAAGUAGGGAGGGAAAAACAAGAUGAAGGGAAGAGAGGAAAGGAGAGCUGCCACGCUGACAGAAACGGAGAGAGGAGAGUGAGGACGAGGAGGACUGGAGAAACCAGUGACGGCUUCAAGCAGAGUAAAGGAGACGGAGGAGGACGAGGGGGAGUGCAAUGCUUUAGUCCAGUGCAGCCUGAACCAAACCAGGAGAGAAGGAGAGAAGCAACAGAGAGGAGGGGAGGGAAUCCAUCCAGUGAGAAAGAAAUGAAGAGGAUGGACGAGCAGAGAACGAGCAGAGACACAGAUCCCUGGUUACUCAGGCUCACAUGAGUGUAUGGACCUGAGCCCGCUCAGAGUUGCUACAAGAUGCUGUCAAAGAAGCAGUGUGUGAGGGCAGAGUGAUGGAUGUCUGUUUGCACAAACUACGGCUGCUCCUUGAAACUCAGUAGAAGUAGAUGAGUUCUGGUGUGUCUGUGUGCUGGACCAGGUGUGUGUGUCAGUGUGAGAACAUAUGACAGACCAGCUGUUUUAGGAGGUAAACAGGGUCAGGUGCUACCAGAGGAGGGAAGUGGGAAGAUAAGCGUAUGGAUGAAGAAUUACACACACACACACACACACACACACACACACACACACACACACACACACACACACACACACACACACAGCACCGAUGAGAGUGUGUGUGUUUGCAGCUAGUACAUAGACGGGCUUCAGUCCAACCAUCUCAGGUGUAGUUAAGGUGGUGUGUGUGUGCGUGUGUGUGUGUGUGUGUGUUUUCGGAUAGCACCUAAAAAAAAAAGAAAGUCGGCAACAAAAGGUGUCACUGAGCUUCUUCAAGGUUGCUUUUGAGUCCUUUUUUUUUUUUUUUACACCUGACAAGCCACCUGAAACCACUCCCUACCUCAUCUCAACCCAUGCAAGUGGACUUGAAGACUUAUAAAAAGGGACUUUAACACUAGCUCUGGUGCUCUGCUGACUGGGAAGCCCCCACCUGAUUUCCUGUGCCAGUGGAUGCCACCCAACUCCAACCAUGGGAGAAUGGACCAUCCUGGAGCGCCUUCUGGAGGCCGCCGUGCAGCAGCACUCUACUAUGAUUGGAAGGAUCCUACUAACAGUAGUGGUGAUCUUCCGUAUCCUCAUCGUGGCAAUCGUUGGGGAGACAGUGUACGAGGACGAGCAGACCAUGUUCAUCUGCAACACUCUGCAGCCUGGCUGCAACCAGGCCUGCUACGACAAGGCCUUCCCCAUUUCCCACAUCCGCUACUGGGUUUUCCAGAUCAUACUGGUGUGCACGCCCAGCCUCUGCUUCAUCACCUACUCCGUCCACCAGUCAGCCAAGCAGAAAGACCGGCGCUACUCCUUUCUCUAUCCCAUAAUGGAGAGGGACUACGGGGGAAGGGACGGGACACGAAAGCUCCGCAACAUUAAUGGAAUUCUAGUUCAACAUGGCGGUGAUGGCGGAGGAGGGAAGGAAGAACCUGACUGCCUGGAGGUGAAGGAGAUCCCCAACGCCCCGCGGGGCCUCACCCACGGGAAGAGCUCCAAGGUUCGCCGGCAAGAAGGGAUCUCCCGCUUUUACAUCAUUCAGGUGGUGUUCAGAAACGCACUGGAGAUUGGCUUCUUGGCGGGCCAAUACUUCCUUUACGGCUUUAGUGUGCCUGGGAUUUUCGAGUGUGACCGCUACCCAUGUUUGAAGGAGGUGGAGUGCUACGUGUCCCGCCCCACGGAAAAAACGGUUUUCCUUGUGUUCAUGUUUGCGGUGAGCGGCAUCUGUGUAGUGCUCAACCUGGCCGAGCUCAACCAUCUGGGCUGGCGCAAGAUCAAGGCCGCCAUCAGGGGCGUCCAGGCCCGCAGGAAGUCGAUCUGUGAGAUCAGGAAGAAGGACAUGGCGCAUCUGUCCCAGCCGCCCAACCUGGGACGCACGCAGUCUAGCGAAUCGGCCUACGUCUGAUGAUGAUGAAGAGAGGAAAAGGAGGAGGAGUGGGGUGAAUGGGCAAGCGAGAGAGAGAGAGAGAGAGAGAGAGAGAGAGAGAGAGAGAGAAUGAAUAAUUAUGAUUUUAAUUUAAUGAAGAUGGUAUGGAGAUGACCCCUCCUCUGUGAUGAUGUGAAUGAAACAAAAAGACCAAAUCUCUGGCUCUACUACUUUGAGAGUCAACAAGGAGAAGGGGAAGAACAAAAUUAAAAGGCAUAGAGGGUGGAUAAGAGAGGACAAAAAGUAUCUUUUGCGAAUGAACAUGAUGAACACAAUUUGGUCUCAUGGGGAGAUAUUCCAACUGCCAUUUUGUACUUUUGUCUUCUUCUUUUUUUUUAAACUACUUAAAUCUCCUCUGCCCCUCAUUUCUUUUAAAGUGGGGAAUUAAAUUAAAGGGCCUGGAGAGGGAAGGACUAGAGAUGAGAAGACGAGGGAAAGGGAGAAGAGAACAGAUGAGAGUCUGUUUUGUGUUCUUUGGGGAUAUUGGAAGAUGAUGGCGGUGUUUAAUGCAUCCCAUGGUGCUUUUCUUCUGGACUGUGUCAGCCUCAGUGAAAAAGGGGAGGACUAGAUAGGGGAUGGGACAGAGAGGAUAAGCAGCAACAUCAUUAAAAGAGGAACGGAAGAGGGGGUGGGGGGGCUAGGUGGGAAAAAUUACACUCUGGGAAGACAUUUUUUAUACCUGAGGAGGGAGAGAAGAGACUUUUUCUUUUGCUUCCUCUGCUUGCCGGAGACUUGAGGUACACCGAAGCAAAGUGAGAAAGAGCUGCCUCUGAUCAUUGUCAGCCUCGCCUCUGUUGGAACAUCAUCACGAUCCAAAGCCAAGAGAAAAAGACUGACGAUGUUUAUGUUUUGUGUCUUGGCAAAAGAUGAAUUCAACACAAACACAGCGAGUACCAUAAACACUUUUUUUCUUCCCUCUCCCCGAUCUCUCGCUCUCUCUGCUCCGCAGUUGGCAGCUACAUAGACCCCAGGGGCUUCUGAUGACAGUAAUGACUCUUGCUGCUCUCCUUCUGUGUAAACGUUGGAGAGGAACUUAUUAACAAAUGGACAAACAUGCGUGUAAACGUCAGUCUCUCCUGAAGCACAAACCAAACUUCCAGCAUUCCAGGGUGCUGAGAGACAAAGGAGAGCUGGAAAGAGAGGAGAGGAGAGGAGACAAGAGGAGAGGAGAGGAGAGGAGAGGAGAGGAGAGGAGAGGAGAGGAGAGGAGAGAAAGGGAACGGGAGCUUGUAAAGAAUGGGAAGAGAUCACUUUAUUACAACUUUAAACACAUUUUAUAAAAUAUAUCACCAUGAGUUAUGAUUUUUUUUUCCAAGAAAGCGAUGGUGCCAUCCUUGAGAGAUUUAAUUAUUGUUGAAAAGAAUAGAUCAUAUUAUUUAUCCAUUUAGAAUAUAUCCAAAUAGAUUUAUUUAUCUGCGUGUGGGUUGGUUGGGACAUCAUGUUGAUGUUUAUUUCAAAUGUAUAAACUGUCUGUCUUUUUUUCAUUUAUGUUUAGUUUAAAGCAUUUCUUACUGAUGGAACAGAUUCAUGGCAUGUACGGGGUGGGAAGGGACACAUUUGUGAACUUUAUUUUGAAAAGUAUUGAGGCUGUGCAGCUGAUUUUUUAUGUGCAACUGUUUAAGAAUUCUUCAUUGCAAUUGUAACUUAAUUGCAUUCAAAAUGUAGAACAAUGCGCCUUUUCAAAAAUCAGCUGCAUAGCUUCUGGCAAUUAAGGCCUGUGAGCCAUUUGAAAAAGGCAUGUUUACAUGACGCAAUGUUUUGUGAAUGAUCAAGCUGUGUAGCCGAUGAGUAGUAACUCAGUAGGGAAAGUUGUGUUUUUGAAUCUCAGUGGUUUUCAUUUUGCAUUUCUUUCCUGACUGAAAUUUCAGCAUGCAUGCCUUGUAAGAGAAAAGAAGGACUAGAAGAAAAAUAGACUAAGAUGACAGAGAGUGUUGCACCUUGAUUAAUCCAGACGAGUGGGAGAGUGGCAGACUGAUGGAACUCAUUUUGCAUCAUCAGCAUCUAGGCAGUGUUGAUCGGACCCACUACAUCAGAGACAAGUGCAUAAUUUAAAACAGGGUACUUUCACACUGCGGGCCUGUGAAACCAGACAUAGGGACAGUUUAGCGAACUACAUGUGGUGUCUUUAAAAAAGAAAAUCUGAUGAUUUAAUUGACAUGCACACUGUCCUGUUCCUCAAAGCAGAUCAUGCCACAACUUUGUCUGUUUAAAUCAGUUUAUGUUCAUUGAUUCUGUUGCAAAGACAAAGAUAUUAGAGUGUUUAGGUACAGUGAUGUUAUUGGUUAUCAGCUAACUGUAACUAACUUUAGCUUACUCCAGCAGAUCAGUGGUCUAAGCCUUAGCCCUGGCAUUGAGGAUCUUAUCUACAACUGCAAACUGAAUGGCCUUAUGCAGCUCAACACUGCAGUAGCUUAACACUGCCACAAAUGGGGGUUUGACUCUUACAGGGGCCCACACAUGCACAAAUGCUACUCUCUCACAGCAUUUUAUGUCAUUCCAAACUGCAGCUACAGUACCCUAUAUUAUUGUGUUUCCUUUUAAACUCCUGCCACUAGAUUGCAGCAUUAAUUGUUGAAAAUGUGAAGAAAACUUCCUUGUAAAAAGCAUUGUAUAACUUUCUGUUUCCUUCAACUUGCCUUAUCUGCUUGUGCUUUUAUUAGCCAUCUCCCACAUUUCCCACAAUGCCUUUGGACAACUCCUUGGUCAUUUUGCUGAGGGUAAAUAAAAGGAAAAUUUGUUGCAUCAGCACCAUUUAUAACCCCUAAUGUAGCCCCGAAGUAGAGAGGGAAUCUUUAGUCAGCUAAGAUCUACAGUAGAUGUCAAAUGUUUAUUUUCUCUGUCUUUUGUAGUUUGUUUUUAGCAAGAAACAUAUGUGUCAUCAAAUAGCAUUGUAGCUCUGGAAAUAUGCACCAUAAACACAAGUAAGCCUGAGCCACAGGAGGUCUUGGAGCAACAGUAACAGCUGACAUAGCAGAAGAAAUCCCCCCAACUCUCUGUUUCUCCAUUCACUCCCACUGUCAUAAUCUCUGUGAUUCUUACAGGUGAUUAUCUCCAGGUUUAGGCUCCUCUGAGGAUCUCUGUGGAGCUCAAUGGGAUCGGUGCAGUCUACUUUAUGCACUAGGAGGGACAGAUAAGAUGAAAAGGCAUACCAGAAUGCCUCAUAAUAGAGGUUGAGUCAUGGCUUCCCUCAGUUACUGAGAGCGUGUGCUUCUAGUGAAGGCUUAAACGCUGACCUUGAGCUUAAAGGCCAAGCCAAUGUCCUGUACUACACGCAGCUCCUGCUGGACAGUCACUGCGCACUACAGCACUGAUCUAAUCUCCACAGAGCACAGGUCAAUGCUGUUGUGAGGCCUAUUUUCAGUGAUUGGUAGAUACACACAUGCUGAACAUACAUUCAUUCUUAAAAAAAGGGGGCACCUCUGAAUGUGAGAACAGCAGUUUGAGUUCAGUUUCUGUUGUUAUGUCUGGUUUCAGAAACAUAUAUUCACACACAGCUUGAAGACGGAGAGGGACAUAAAUGUUACCUAGUUGUCUUCGGUUUACAUUUAUCCAGCAUUGAUUAGUGACUCACAAUCCCUGCAGUUGGUGUAUUAAUUACUUUUGAGAGUAAAAGCAGGCCCAAGUUCUUCCAACAGUCCACUACUCUCCACAGUCUACUUUUCUAUUUGUCAAUGUGAAAUGAAUUAUGCAACUUUUUUUUCUCAUUUGCUUAUCUUUUUGACUUGUGUGGAUUUUUGUGCAGUGACAUAUCAAAAAAGAAAGAUGUUUUUUUCUAUGUAAAGGAACAAAAAGUUUUUGUUUUUUCAAUGUGUAAAAUCAAGGGUAGAAUGUUGAAAUAUAAGACUAGCUGAAAAAUAUGUUAUAUUUCCUCCCUUGCCAAAGUGAUAUGCAAACAUUUUAACUGCAUGUGCAAUGGCUAGACUGAGCAUGUUUCAAUGUUUUCUUCAGCAGAAUCUUAAAAAAAACUUUUUUUGUCCAAACUAUGAAGCAAAGCUAUUACGUCUUGAUGCCAAGUGUGUAUAUUAAUUACCCAGUUUUUCAGACGGUACAGAACCAGGCAGACAAUUCCAACUCAGUGAUGUUAAAACUUCCUAUAACAGUUUAUCAGUCUCAGUUUCAACUCCCAAAAGAUUUUGAAAAGCACUACAUACAUGGAAUCUUCUACUUUAAGAAAUUUGCACAUGAAUAUAAUACCUUUAUAAUCUGUUGGAGAAUAUGAUUUACAAGCAAAUUCAAAGUAAAAUGAUCUACUGUAAAACACAGGGUAAACAUGAAUAUAAGCAUACAGGUUAAAGACUCGCCACCAUGAGGUGUCAGACGCCAUAACAUUCCAGGGUUUAGUCCCCAGCACAAUGUGUAAUUAACCUUCAAUCUACAGCCUCUCAAUGUGUUAAAUAUGAUUCAAUCCUCAGUGAAGCUCCAUAUGGACACUUUGUUGGGGGAACAGUACACUGACAGCAGACUCAGGAAAGAAAAAAAAAUGCUGAUCUUUUUCUACAUUCUACAUUAACACACAAGAAUGCUUUUGGAGAAAUGGUAUCACAACAUGUCAGCAUACCCUCCAUUGACACCUUAACCUGUACUGUAAAGCCCACCCAAGAAAAUUGUAUUCAAGCCUGAUUAUUUGCCUGUUGGUGCUAUUGAGGUUGGAUCCUUACCAAAAACAUGAAUUCAGAUACAUUCCCUUGUCUUCAGCUCACUACUGCCCCACAUAUCACAGGUCCUGUAGCAAUGCAAGGUCACCUUAAAAAUCAAGCUGUUCCUCUUUGACUGUUACUAACAAACGGGCAUGUCCGCAAAAGCCUACAGCAGGUAAUGAUAUCAUAACUUUCUUCUGCAGAACCGUAGCAAACAAUUUGAUUCCUCAGGAAUGCAGCAUGUAAUUGAGCUGCUUCAUUCAUUAACACCGAGCUUACUGAACUACCACAUUACAAAGGGACAUUAACUUACUGUAGUAAUCACAUGUAGCCAACCCUAAGGGCUGGUUAGGGGCCCUUGAGCAGGUUUUGGAAGUGCCCAUCUUCUUCAUUUAAGGGCUUCUUACUGAUUACAAACUAAAAAGCCAUAGUUUAAAAAAAGAAAAGAUUUCAAACUUGAAUCGGCGCAUUACUUUGAAAAAGUAUAUUGUGCACUCAUGGGCCAUGAUUAAUCACAUUUGUAGUCAAUUAGGCGAUCAAUUUUGCUUUUAAAUUGAAAAUUAGACAUCUUGUUUUAAAUGAAAAGCUUUUAACUGUGUUUAAUUGAAUGAGAUACAUUGAAGUUGUAAAGCUCCUUUUAUACAGAUGUUCAUUUUUCAUUUUAGAAAAAGAAUGCUCCCUCCUCCCCCCUCCAGCCCUAUCUGAUGCUGAUGCUGCUGUACUGUGGGCUAGAUUAUAACCAUUUCAGGGUUCAGAGAUGGACCUCUCAACCUCUCUCUAAUCUGUCAUGAUAUUAAUCGUGAUUACUUCAUCUAAUUACACUGAGUGGCAGAUACAGGAAGAGUGGGAUUUAAACCACCAUCCGGAUUUGAUUAAAGAUAGACCCUGCACAUCUCUCUCAUCUGUCUCUGCAACCACCUACUGGCAGCAAGGGUCGUGCAUGUGAGAUUAUGACCUGAGAUAGCUUUAGUUUGUCUCUAAAAUUCAAUAAUUUCAAGGUUGUUGAUUUAUAGAGCUUUAAUUAGAAAAAGGGGUAUCAUGUGCAAGUAGGACAGAGUAAGAACACUUUAUCUUUUCAAUUCUCCAAGACCAGCACCUCAUGAGUUCAGACCAGGUCACCUUUAUGUCAACUGUGUGAGAAGCUCUAUGUUACAAUGAGAGGGAUGAAUCCUGAAUAGUGACGUGUCUGGGGAGUGGGGGAGCAAUGUAAAGUUUAGCCAAUAUUUGGCAUCCUAUAGUCGUCAUCAAUAUAACGGAUUAUAUUUAAGGGGAAAUAGUUAAAUAUCUUAGCCCUAGAAACUUGACAUUCUUCCACAUAGCUUCUACUGUGACAUCUGUAUGGAUGUAAAAGCAUGGACUGAAAACAGAAACGUAAAACAGACAUUCAAACACACUCACGCGUUGUAAUCUAAAAUUCUGUCGUUUCCGACUGCAGAUUUGAUGGUGGACCUGAUGGACCUUCGUUGAAGGUUCACUGUAUAUUUCUGACUGGUGUACUGUAUGUAAAGACUGAAUAAAACCUUGAAUGUUACAUCAAGCCUGAA